AUGCCUCAGCACAUAACAGCACUUAGUGGCUCCUGUGUGCUGAUUCCAUGCAAAUUCAAGAUCCCUGAAGAUGAAAGCCUGAGUAAACCAGCCAAUGGAGUGUGGAUUAAACAUGCAGCACAAUUCGCGACUGAAGGCACUGUUGUGUUUAACAGCAGCAACACUAAGAACAAACUUGGAGGGGAGAUACUUGGAGAUUUGAUUCAGAAAAACUGUACUUCAGUGCUGGACAACAUACCACAAAGCUUUACAGAUAAAUACUUCUUCAGAAUUGAGACUGGACGUUUCCGUGUAACAUUUCCAAACUCACCAGUCAACAUUAAUGUCAAAGAUUCUCCACAGAAACCCAAGAUGACCGGAAUAACAGAAGUGCUGGAAAAUACUCCGGUGAAUCUGACCUGCACUGCUGCAGCCCCCUGUCACACACACCCCCCUGUCCUGACAUGGACCCCCCAGCUUGGGGACCACCUGGAUCAGCUGUGUGAAAAUGCAGACGAAACCAAAUCUGUUUCAUCUGUCCUGACCUUCAGUGCUUCCCACCUCCAUCACGGGAAGACCAUCACCUGCACUGCAGUAUACCCACUGCAAGAGAAGACCAGCAGUAAGAGUGUGGAGGAGACUAGGACUCUCAGUGUUCUGUUCUCUCCAAAGAACACAACAGCCUCAGUUGGUCCAUCUGAUUCAGUGAAAAAGGGCGACUCUGUGACCCUCUACUGCAGCAGCGAGGCCAGCCCUCCAGUGAAGAGUUUCACCUGGUUUAGAGACCCAGAGAAGCCAUCUGUCGUCAAAGUGAUUGGAGGAGCCCUAGGAGCCAUAGGCAUGCUGUUGCUAACCAUCCUGCUGCUGUUUCUCUGGAGGUUAUGUUGUUCCAGAUAUUUCAAUGCCUGCAUGUAA